AUCCUUGUUCUCUUCUAGGGUAACUCACUCUUUUUUCUCUGUUAUCCCAAAACCCUAGUCUCACGAUUCGAGCUGUGUGGCUGUUCUACCCAUCAAAACCACACCUCUCCCAAUCAGGGAUUAGGGUUCCAAAUUCCGAAACCCUAAUCUCCGUAACACUGUCCAGACAACCAUGGCUUCCUCCUACGACCAUGAGGACGUCCAAUCUCAAUCCCAAGUCGACCCUCUGGGCUACGACCCUAACUACGUUCCCGACUCCGUCAGGACCUUCGUGGUCCACCUCUACCGCCACAUUCGUGAGAAGAACGUCUACGAAAUCCACCAGAUGUACGAGUCCUCCUUCCAAACCCUCUCUGACCGCCUCUUCAAGGAGACCCCUUGGCCCUCCGUCGACGCCGUCGCUCACCACGUCGACAACGACCAUGUUUUCUGCCUCCUCUACCGAGAGAUGUGGUACCGCCAUCUCUAUGCCCGCCUCUCCCCCACCGCCAAGCAGCGGAUCGAUUCGUGGGACAAUUACUGCUCUUUGUUUCAGGUGGUGUUACAUGGAGUGGUCAACAUGCAGUUGCCAAACCAGUGGCUCUGGGACAUGGUUGAUGAGUUUGUGUACCAGUUUCAGAGCUUUUGCCAGUACAGGGCCAAGAUGAAGAACAAGACAGAGCAAGAGAUUGCCCUUUUGAGGCAGUAUGAUCAGGCUUGGAAUGUGUAUGGUGUGCUCAACUUCUUGCAAGCACUUGUUGAGAAGUCCAUGAUCAUUCAGAUCUUGGAGCAGGAGAAGGAAGGACUUGAACAGUUCACCGCUACCGAUGGAUAUGAUUACAAUGGUGGAAGUAAUGUCUUGAAAGUGCUGGGAUAUUUCAGCAUGGUGGGCUUGCUUCGAGUUCAUUGUCUUUUGGGUGAUUAUCAUACGGGUCUGAAGUGCUUACUCCCCAUUGACAUUAGUCAACAAGGUGUUUACACCAGUGUUAUUGGAAGCCACAUUACAACCAUUUAUCAUUUUGGGUUUGCCAAUCUUAUGUUGCGGAGGUAUGUGGAAGCCAUUCGGGAGUUCAACAAGAUUCUUCUAUACAUUUACAAGACCAAGCAAUUUCAUCAAAAAUCUCCACAGUAUGAGCAAAUACUAAAGAAGAAUGAGCAGAUGUAUGCCUUACUGGCAAUUUGUCUCUCACUUUGCCCCCAAGAGCAGCUUGUUGAGGAGACUGUACAGUCUCAGUUGAAGGAGAAGUAUGGUGAGAAGAUGAAUAGAAUGCAGAGAUAUGAUGAUGAAGCAUUUGCUCUCUAUGAUGAGCUCUUCUCAUAUGCAUGUCCCAAGUUCAUUACCCCCUCAGCUCCUGUUUACGAGGAGCCUCUUGUAAAUUACAACCAGGAAGCUUAUAGACUUCAGUUGAAGCUGUUCCUUUAUGAAGUGAAGCAGCAACAGUUAUUAUCAGGUGUCCGUACCUUCUUGAAAGUAUAUUCGACCAUCUCUCUUGGGAAGCUUGCGACGUACAUGGAAGUGGAUGACCCCACACUAAGGACAAUUUUGAUGACAUAUAAACACAAAACACAUGCCGUUGAUUCCGAUGGAAAAAUUGGCUCCAAUGCUGAUGUUGAUUUCUACAUUGAUGAUGAUAUGAUUCAUGUUAUUGAAUCCAAACCAACCAAGCGAUAUGGGGACUACUUCAUGCGUCAAGUUGUUAAGGUAGCCCCUCCUCUCAACUUUGUUUUUUUAGUGAUUUUUAAAUUUUUUAAAAGCGUACUUUGUGAUAUGGUUAUUUUAUACAUAUUUGUGGUGAUUUAUCUAUUUAUUUCUUUUCAGCUUGAAGGAUUGAUGAACGAUAUGGACAGGGUAAAGCUUGACUGAGUUGCAUUUCUCUUUUGAAGAAUGAUAUGGACAGGAUAAACCUGACUGAGUUGCCCAUCUCCUUUUGGGGUUCACCUCCUUUCUCUUGUUGGUUCUUACGGAUACUUGGAGGGAAUUUUCUCUUCUUAUUUAUGUCAAUUUUGAGUCACUGAAAUGUUGUUUUUCACAUGCCUUCUUCUGCUAUUGCAUUUUUCUUGGAGAAAAGCAGGUUGGUCGGUCUGUGGUCCCAUCAGGAGGUCCUUUUUAGAAAUAUUGCCAGUAUGCUCUUCUGGUAUUGAAAUACCUUUUAGUUGAAGUUAUUUUGUUAUAUUACUUAUUAGGUUUAUGUAAGGCCUCUGAAAUCUGAACAUGUGAAACAUGGGGAUAAAUUAAUUACCAAUUUUCCUUUGUACCCAUCCAAAAA